AACUUUGGGCUCAAAUUAAGUUUUUUUCUUUUCUGCAGCAUGAGAAGUACAGCAGUCAGCUGCAGAUGAGUCUGAAGGCGGCGGAGGGGAAGACGAGCGAUGAGGAGGAGAGACAGCAUGGAGACAAGAUCACGAGUACAAAGAGCAUCUCACAAGAGACUCCUGGGAGCCGGCCCACUCCUCUAUACGGCCAGCCUUCCUGGUGGGGAGAGGAGGAUUAUGGGAGCAAAGUUCAAGGGGGUGAAGAGCCUCACUCAGAUUUUCCUGGCCAUCUCCCAGACCCCCAACCAAAGACUGUCUUUCCUUCCUACCACCGUGAGCCUGGCUACUUCGAGAUUCCCACCAAGGACUUCCAGCACCAGAAAACAACCGAGGAAGAGCUCCAUGAGAUCCCCACCAAGGACACUGACAACCCCCCUGCCCUACCUUUGCCUCCUACCCCAACCCCGCCCGUUGUCCAGAGCCACGCCUCCUUCACCAUCGAGUUUGAUGACUGCAUGCCCGGCAAGAUCAAGAUCAAAGACCACGUCACCAAGUUCUCCACCCACCAGAGGAAAGGCCAGGCCUACAUAGCCAAGACUGCCGCGCCUGCAGAGAUGGUGUCAGCGCAGAGCAAAGUGGCCGAUUGGCUGGUCCACAGUGAUGUCAGCAUGAUGAGGAGGCAUCCGCCAUGCGAGGAUGUCUACAGCACCAAGAGUGACCUUGCCAUCAACAUCAAGACCCUUAAAGAUCACCAUCAUGAGGAUGGAACCCAGAGUGAUUCUGAAGACCUGGUUCCUAAAGCCCGAAGUCCGUCCCAGAACUCUGUCCAAUCAGAGCAGCCUGAAACGGUCCAGUCAGGUCCGCAGCCUGUUCAAGCACAGAAACUCCACCAUGUGCUGCAGUUCUCUCCCCCCAGACAGGCCCCCGCCCCAGUGGUGGCCCCCGAGCGGAGCCUGUCCCACAGCCCUCCCCAGCCACCGUCUCCAACUGAAAUGUCCAAACAGGGACCUUCUGAGCACCUCACCCAGCAGGCCUUCAUUAUUGAGUUCUUUGAUGACAACCCACGUAAGAAGCGCUCCCAGUCCUUCACCCACAACCCUGCCCAGGGGGACUCCUACUGCACCCUAAAGGCCAAGAUGGAGCGACGGAAAGGAGGCGAGAGGCCAGCCUCCAUGCAUGGACACAUUCCUCCCACCCAACAGGUGACGGUCCCCUUAAAGGGUCAGGGUCCUCUAGGCCCUCAGAGGUCAAGCUCUCUUAAACGAGAAAAGACUGAAGGGGAGGCCAUUUCAUCAAGCUCCUCCUCAGGCGUCAUUAUCAGACCGUUUGGCAGCGUUGGCAAGAAGUCAAAGCUCGCACAAGAGUUUGCUGCAGAGUUCCUGAAGGACUCCUCCCCCACCAGAGACAAAGACUCGCCUCCUCCCAUGUCUGCGCCGCCUGUGAUGGUUUCGCCCCCCCAUCCCCAGAGCCCAUCCCCACAGGAACCUCCAGCACAUCCUCCUGGUUUGUAUCCCUCAUUCCCUUCACAAACCCCAACGGCCUCCAAGUCCUUCAAAGUGCCCAGCGGCUCGACCCAAACGGUCCAUCCGCCCGGAUCCCAUGUGUCCCCCAUGUCGUCCCUGGGAGUCUGUGGGGGAGACACCAAGGUUUCCCAGAGGAUGGUGAGGAAUGAGGAAGACGACAGCCUGAGUGAUGCUGGAACAUACACCAUUGAGACAGAGUCCCAAGACAAAGAGGUGGAGGAGGCCCGCAGCAUGAUUGAUCAGGUGUUUGGUGUCCUUGACUCUCCAGAGUACAGUGGGCCCACCACAGGAGGGUAUAGACCGGUCAUACACCAAGGCACAGAGGAGUCCCUCAACCUGCCUGCUGAUGGUAGCAGCGUGGACCUAUUGCAUGGCUUUAUCCCAGCAGCAGUCAGUGCUCCCCCUACAGGUCCCAUGCAGGUUCAAGGUCGAACGGCUGACCUUGAAGGACCUAAAUGGGUUUCUCGGUGGGCCAGCCUGGCGGACAGCUAUGCCGAGCCUGGCUCUACUCCUCCACAGGGGGAAUGUCUGGAAGAUCUGCGGUACAUGAGUCAUUCAGUGGGAAGCUACAGCUACGAUACGUCUGAGUCAGAGACGAGCCACAGCUCUCGGACCCGGAGGCUGCUGCCUCAGGUUCCCCAAGACAAGGCAGAAAGUGUCCCUCCAAGCAUCCUGAUUCGGCACGAAUCCCACCAAGGCCAGAGAUCCCAGGAAAGGGUUCAUGGUCCGCCCUGCUCACUAGACUCCACCCAGCGCUUAGCUGUUCAGGACGACGUGGACCCAGACAGCCUGAGCGAUGCCAGCCGUUCUGAAGACGGACCCGCUAUGCUUCAUGCAAAGAAAAUAGAAGUCAGAGCCGGAAACACGUCCCCUGGUUAUCACGUCAGAGUUCAGGACAAAUCUUCUCCUGUCAACAAAUCCACCUUCUUUUAUAUCGGCGCUGAGGACCAGCUAGGUAAGGCUGAGUCGGCUCGGAGCCCGAUACCGGCUGACAGGGUUCGAGACCCUGAAACUAAAACACCUCCUACAACAGUAUUGAUCCGACACUUGAGUGGACAUGAACCCAGAAGAACAGGAGUCAAGCCAAACAACUCUGCUCCAAACCUCAUAAUACAAGACAAAGAUUCGGUUCCUACAAAAGAUAUUUUUCGUCAGGAAAGUUUUACCAAAGACCGGCCCAGUGACACUAUCCCGAUGAAGAAGCUUCCCCACAUCUCCAGCCAGCCUUCCAUCAUAGACAUGGAGCAGAGGCAGGAGGGGAUCCAGGAACCGGAGCCCUUCCUUCAGGAGUCUCCCCUGGACAACAAGCUUCCCUCCUCUGGUUCUGGUCGUAGCUCUAAGAAGGGGGGAUCCUCUACCCACAUGGAUGACUCUCUCACUGGAGAGUCAGAUGUAGAUACAGCAAGCACCGUCAGUCAGGUCAGCAGUAAAAACGCACCUGUUGGCUCCACCUCUAAAAAACGACCCGCAAUAAGCAGCCUUCAGAAAGAGAAGUCCUCCUCUAGCCCGUCUAUCCAGGAAAAGGGACGGCAGCUAAGUGCUCGUGAGCGUCUCUCGGAGAAAAGGCGCACGCAGACCUCAGCUGACACACCAAGCAAAGCAGAGGCAACGAAGCGCCUACAGAUGCGCCGCAGCACAGGAAACCGCGGUUCUCUAGAUUUGACUGAAGGUCAACAAGGUACUGCGCCUGUCUGGACUGAAUCUACUUCAUCUGAUCAUGAAAUCUCUCGUCCAUCCAGUCGCACAAAGAAAACCAUUGCCCCUCUACAGAAAGAGGACAACGGAAAGACACCUAAGUCAGCCACUCAACAGGUUUUAACUCGUUCUAACAGCCUGUCAGCACCAAGGCCAACCCGAGCAUCAAUGCUACGACGUGCCCGCCUCGGGGACGCUUCAGACAAUGAAGGUACAGAGACGGAUCGGGCCUCCCAGAACUCUGACCACAUCUCGGCACCUCCCAAAGUCUCCGCUGAAGGGAAGAAGCUGUCCAGACUGGACAUUUUGGCAAUGCCUAGGAAGAGGACCGGUUCAUUUACAACUCCCAGUGACAAUGAGUCCUCCGCAAGUCGUUCUGGUUUCUCAAGUCGCAACAAUGAGCCUGCCGCCAUGGCCAGGAAGACAUCUGUUGGGGACGCUCACCAAGCAGCCAGUAGAGGGGGCGGAGCUCCAGUCAAGCAAACACUGACUCGUGUCCGAUCCAGUGGGAAUAAGUACCCUAGCAGUGGUACACGGCAUAAACAGAGGGGCCCAGACUUCUCAUCUUCCUCUGAGGAAGAAUACGAGGCAAACACUGGCUCCACCAAAGCCAGACGAUCUCCUCACCCAAGCAGUGCUGGCCAAACAGUUCGUAGCCAGAGAACUGCUGCCAGUAGAAGUAAGUCUGUCUCCCUGGAGACCGAGGAGGACGAGGACCAGAACGAUGUCGACCCAUACCAGAACUGGUCAACCCACAGCGCAGAGAUAGCAAAGCUCAGUCAAGACCUGGCCAAAGAUCUGGCCAUCUUGGCCAAAGAGAUCCACGAUGUCGCAGGAGACGGGGAUUCUCCCAGCUCUGGAAUGGGCACCACCACCUCACCCAGCUCGCUCCCCAACACACCUGCCUCCAACAUCUCUGCCCGGGAGGAGGUUGAGCUGCAGGAGCUUCAUUCUGCUUCAAAAUCUUUCAACUUUCCAUCAGUUCCAUACCUCCAUGGGGUUCGAAAGUCUCAGCUGGUCCAUCGUAUUCCUGAGGCCAGCUUAAACUACCAGAAGGUUCCUCCAGGCUCUGCUGCCAUCUUGGACCUGGAUGCAAAUAUGAAUGAGCCAGAACCAACUUCUUUACAACGCCGUCCGUGGAGCCGUGAAGAGGUCAUCCUGGACAACCUGAUGCUGAACCCCGUGUCCCAGCUGUCGCACGCCAUCCGGGAGAACACGGAGCAGCUGGCCGAGAAGAUGAAGGUUCUGUUCCAGAGCAAAGCAGACGUCUGGGAGGAGAUCGAAGCCAAGAUCAACACCGAGUACGAAGUCCCCAUCGUGAAAACCUCCAACAAGGAGAUCACCUCCAUUUUGAAGGAGCUGAGGAGAGUCCAGCGGCAGUUGGAAGUCAUCAACACCGUGGUGGAGCCUGCUGGGAGUCUUCAGGCCGCCGCCAUCGGAACAUCUCCUCUGACCCAAACCCGCCCCCCCUCAAAGGAGAAGAAACCCAGUUCCAAACCCAGAACCUCCAACGCCAAUGAAAGCAGCAAGCGGCCACCCCGUGGGUCUGCCGGCCCCCACCCCGCGCCCUGAGUGGACCACCUUAGGACGCCUGGACAGGCAGCAGGCAUCCACCCCACUGUGAUGGAUGAUGGAUGGAUGGAUGAUGGAUGGAUGGAUGAAUGGAUGGAUAGAUGAUGGAUGGAUGGAUGAUGGAUGGAUGGAUGGAUGGAUGGAUGGAUGGAUGGAUGGA